AAACGUCAAACAACGAGUGAAAAGUUUUUCUUCGAUCGCAGCCCCGGGGAACUGUCGUCGGAUUUCACGCGAGUUUCGUUCGAGCUCUAAAUUUUCGAUUCGCUCGCAACAUCGCAAUGGCUCAAACUUUCGCGGAAGAUCAGUACGGCCGGAAGAUUGACCGGUGCCUAACCGAUACGCUCAUUAAGUUUGGUGGCGGAUUGGCCCUGGGCAGUGUGUUUUCGCUGCUGUUCUUCAAGAGGCGAGCAUGGCCAAUCAUCAUGGGGUCCGGCUUCGGAAUCGGCGUCGCCUACACCAACUGCGAGCGCGCCCUGAACGGCAAGUGAACCAGUUCCGGGUUGUUCCGGGGAGGUGCUUGAAAUUUUAAUAAAUUAUGUUCCGAGUCGUGUAAAGCUAA